AUUGUAUUUUAUUAUUAAUAAUAAUCUAAAUAUUGUGGAGCUAUUAAUAUUUGAUGUAAAAUGCAGUGUGUGUUUUUGCAUGCAGUUUCUGCAUAGAGCAGACUUUUUCUUUUUUGCAGUGGUUUCUAUUGUGCGUCACGUGACCCUCUAAUCUGCACUGUAUUUCCGCGUUCACGCUGCAAUCAAUGACUGUUUAUGGAGGCGCUCCAGCAUCAUCGGUGGUGUUAUUAUAUCCCUGUCUUCUCCUCUGAAUCAAUGAGACCUUAACCUCCAUCCCCUCCGCAUCCUCCGACGCUUCCUUUCCAGUCCUGUCGUCGAGCUGGGGGGGAAUCCGGGGAAAGGGAGCCGCGGUGCCGCGCAUCGGCCGACGGACGCACCGGCGCGCCGCGGCGGCAACAACAACAUGAUCACCCGGGUAAAGUCGGCCGUUGCCGGGUUCAUGGGUGGGAUCGUGACCGGGGGAAGCUCCGGUGGGGGCGGGAAUCCGUCUUCGGAAUUGCCGCUGAAGUUCCCAUAUAUGAGACCGGAGUUCCUGGGACUGUCCGCGGAUGAGAUCGAGUGCUCUGCGGACCACGUAGCGCGGCCCAUCCUGAUCCUGAAGGAAACCAGGAGAUUACCGUGGGCCACCGGCUACGCUGAGGUGAUCAAUGCUGGGAAGAGUGCGCUGAAUGAAGACCAGGCCUGCUGCGAGUUGGUUGUGGCUAGAAGGAGACCGAUGAGCUACUGUCCGCCCUCUACGCCCAGCAAGACGCCGACGGCCAAAAGACGCAACUCGCUGCCAAACGGCGAGGCCCUCGGGCUCCGGGUGGAGAACAUGUUGGGAGAGGAGAAUGAGGGACUUGUUUUCCAUUACUGGGCCUUGUUCGACGGUCACGCCGGCUCAGGCGCAGCGGUUGUUGCCUCCCGCCUGCUGCAGCACCACAUCGCCUGCCAGCUACAGGCCGUCAUAGAGAUCCUACGUAACUUCCAUUCGCUGCCCCCCACUGUGCUGGGAGAAGAGCCUGACAGCAGCCCAUACCUGCAAGGAAACCCCCCUGGACCCCACCGUUCCCUGACACGGGCUGCCUCGCUGCGGGGGGCCGCCGGCGCCCCCACCUCGCCAUGCAACACCCCGCCUCCGCCACGCUUCUACAUGGAGAAGAAGAUUCAACACGAGAGCCUGGUGAUUGGAGCCAUAGAGAACGCCUUCAAGGAGAUGGACGCUCAGAUAGAGAAGGAAAAACAAUCGUACAACAUCAGCGGCGGAUGCACAGCUCUCACCGUGGUUUACCUGCUUGGAAAGCUGUAUGUUGGGAAUGCAGGUGACAGCAGGGCCAUCAUCAUUAGAAACAACGAGAUCAUUUCUAUGUCGACAGAGUUCACACCAGAAUCGGAACGACAGCGACUCCAGUUCCUGGGUUACAUGCAGCCGCAGCUUUUGGGAAACGAGUUCACGCACCUGGAAUUCCCCCGCAGAGUUCAGAGGAAGGAGGUGGGCAAGAAGAUGCUCUACAGGGACUUUACCAUGAACGGAUGGGCAUACAAGACUGUUGACGACGAAGAUCUCAAGUUUCCUCUCAUCUACGGGGAAGGAAAAAAGGCUCGGGUUCUGGCAACAAUCGGUGUGACCCGGGGGCUCGGUGACCACGACCUCAAAGUUCAUGACUCCAACAUUUACAUCAAGCCGUUCCUGUCCUGUAUUCCUGAGGUGAAGGUGUAUAAUCUGAUGCAGUAUGAGCAUGGGACAGACGACGUCCUGGUGAUGGGAACUGAUGGCCUCUGGGAUGUCCUGACCAAUGAGGAGGUCGCUGAAGCUGUCAGCACCUUCCUGUCCAACUGUGACCCUGAUGACUUGCACAGGUAUACAAUGGCCGCUCAGGACCUGGUGAUGCGAGCGCGAGGCGUGCUGAGAGACAGAGGAUGGAGGAUCACCAACGAGCGUUUGGGCUCCGGUGACGACAUCUCAGUCUUCAUCAUUCCCUUAAUGUACGGCAACCGGCAGCCAUGACAACCUUUCUACGUCCGAAACACAGAAAACUCCUUUUCAUU